AUGUCGCCGAAACCAACUGCUGCAUACCAUUUCCCCCGCCCGAGUACGGCCUUGCAUCUACAGCCUUGCCUAUGUCCCGCGGCGAACUCUUUUGCAUUCAGCGUGAACCCGGCGAAUACCGGCGAGGAUCAACCAGCGACGUUGCCAACGGAGAAGGGUCUGAAGCCCAUGACCGACUUGAAGCGGUCACUAGGGGACAAGAGCAGAGCACCUCCGAAUCACACACUGGUGAAGGCUUUUCAGCUGUUCUUCACGUCACGCGUUGAAACCCCAGGUGUCAUCAAUCUAUUCCAGGCCCGCUUGCUGUCCAUGACAUGGAAGCACCUAAAAGCUCAACAGAGCGAGCUCGAGGAGAGCGAAUGGCAGGAUGUUUUCUCAGUGGAGAACCUGGAGAGAAUGCUAUUUGUGCUCUCUGAGGCGCAGUGCCUUCCCGAGGCACGCGACACCAUCCUUAAGAUAGCACGAUUUGCCUAUCUCGAGCUCUGUGCUGACCAUGGUUUUGGUCCGAACUCCAUUAGUCGGCCCGCACUUUUAAUCUACAUUAACUUGAUGGCCUCGAAUGGCAAUCCUGAAGAAGCCCGUCAUGUCAUCAUGAAGUUUGGAGGUCAAUUUCGCGGAGCAAAGCCAUCGCCCUGGCUCAGUGUUCUGAAGGGCUUUGCUUUAAAGGAUGACCGACGCCAGCUGCGAAAAGUCAGCCAAGAACUGGAGAAAUAUGGUGUCAAAUUUGAUCAAGCGUCACACGAAGAACUUACCAAGCUUUUGAUUGAACAAGACCUCCCCACGGCAGUUCAAACGGUAUAUGAGUGUCCGAUCUCUGGAAAUUUGGAACCUUCUGUUGCCGCGAAGAGUGCUGUCAUUCAAUAUGCGAUUCUCAACGAUGAGAUUGCCUGGGCCAAGCCCAUUUACGAGUCUCUUCCUCGGGAACCCAGCCCGGAGACCGUCGGCACCACUCUUCUUUGGGAUGCAGCCCAGGGCAGUAGUAUGUCGUCACUUGCAGAGAAAGUCAAGUCCUGGACCGGGGCAAACUCACUAAAGGAGGCCCUUACUAUUGCCCAUGUAAACAGUCUUAUCCAAUAUGCAAACUCCGUGUCAAGCCCCCAGCUGGCUACCGAUUAUGCUAGAUUGGCGGAGCACUGGGGUCUCAUCCCUGAUGAAAAGACACAUCUGCUGCAGUUGGAGUCGUUCAUACAGGCUGGCAAUGUGGAACAGGCACUUGCAAUUUUGGAGGAUGAGAUUGAUCCCAGCAUCCUAGCCAGUGACCAUUUACCCCUGGCUAACAGACUCAUCACAAUGCUUUGCUUGUCGGAACAGAAAGACGAGUUAUUUCAACAAAUCUCAUCCCUCCUUGACCCACUUUUCCAGGAGAAUGUGACGCUCAAUGCAGAGACCAUUGCUGCAUUGACGCGCAUGCUGCUUUAUCGCCACGACUGGGAUGCCGUAUCUGAGCUCCUUCGUCCCCGACUAGGAAGCCUGGAUGGUGAAGGCAAAGGAAUGAUCCGUACCGCGCUGACAGACUAUAUCAUGGAUAUGGGUGAGACAGAUGACAAUGUGUGGGAGGUUUAUCAGCUUCUCAAACUCGCCUUCUCCGAGACAGGUGUCAGCGUGCGCACCGAGAUUAUGUGCUCUUUCUUCGAACGAAAGCGUAGUGACUUGGCUUUCUUGGUCUUUGGACACAUGCGCCAGGCCGAGGACCUGAGUCGCCGACCCAAGCCAGACACCUAUGCUCGAUGCUUCCAGGGGUUGGCCCGCACGGCUGACGCAGCUAACCUGGAGCUUGUCCACAACAUGCUCAAGCUUGAUCUGGAGGUGGAACUCAACACGCGAAUCUUCAACGGGCUGAUGCUCGCCUACGCGGCUUGUGAGAUGCCGGAUAAGAGUAUGGAGAUCUUUAAACAGAUCUUGCAAUCGGAUGAAGGGCCUUCACAGAAGACCAUCGCGAUCUUCUUCAAGGUGUGUGAGAAGCACCACAAUGGUGUACAGGAGGCGAUCAAAAUGAUGGCGAAGGUGAAGAAGCUGGAGAUUACGAUCGACCGCCGACUCUAUACCGCAUACAUGGAAGCAGUCGCUUCCCAAUGCGAGUUCGAUAUGGCGACAGAGGCUAUCAACAAUAUGCAAGCGGAGAUUGGAGUGGCCCCUACAAGUACUACUAUUGGACUGUUCUAUAAUGCAAUCCCGUAUCAGUACUGGAAGGAUGAGGUCGAGAAGUGGGCAUCUGAGAAAUACCCAGAACAGUGGAAGCACUUGGCUGAAACACCCCGAAGCGAGCAUGAGGAAGGACUGAAAUUUGAUAGCAUCACGAAUGAGGUGUGGGUUUAG